UUCGCCGCGGGGUGAGCGGCCGCGGGGCCUGAGGUUCGCCCAGUCUUCAGCCGUGGAGGCCGGACGCCAGGCUGCUGCUGCCCGGCGGGGGCGCUUCCGAGCCUCCCGCCUGCGAGCGCGGCCCUCGGGGAGGCGCGGCCCUCGGGAACCCGGAGCCCGGGAGAUCUGCCACCUUCCGGAGACUGCGCCCAUCCAGGGGAGGAGCCCAGAGGGGGACAUGGCUGCAGAGCAAAGGGAGGCAAGGUCUCAGGUGUCGCUGGUGUUCGAGGAUGUGGCCGUGCUCUUCAGUCGGGAUGAGUGGCGAAAGCUGGAUCCUUCUCAGAGAAACUUGUACCGGGAUGUGAUGCUGGAGAACUAUAGCAACCUGCUCUCCCUGGGACUCCCAUUUACCAAACCAAAAGUGAUCUCCCUGUUGCAGCAAGGAGAAGAUCCCUGGAAGGUAGAGAGAGAAAGUCCUAGCAGCUGCUCUCUAGAAUGGAAGAACAGUCAUAAAACCACAAAGUCAACUCAAACACAAGACUCUUCAUUUCAGGGCCUGAUAACGAAAAGAUCCGAAAGGAAUGGGCCCUGGGACUUGAAAUCAGAAAAGCCUUGCAUACAUGGAGGCAGAUUAGAGAAAAAGCAAGAUAAAAAGGAAAGUUUUCAUAUGGUUUCAGUUACCCACAAAAAAAUCCUGACUAUAGAAAGAAGCCAUAAAAACAUUGAUUUUGUUCAAAACAUCAGCCCCAAAUCAAUUCUUGUGAUGCAACAGACAGUUCCCAGAGAAAAAACACCACCAAAGUGGGACCUACAAGGAAACAGCUACAAACAAAAUUCAAAUUUAUUUAAUCAACGAAAAAUCACAGUGGAGAAACGCUAUAAAUGUAGUAUGUGUGAAAAAACCUUCCUUAACACUUCAUCCCUUCGUAAACAUGAGAAAAACCAUAGUGGAGAAAAAUUAUUUAAAUGUAAAGAAUGUUCAAAAGCCUUUAGCCAAAGUUCAGCUCUUAUUCAGCAUCAAAUAACUCAUACUGGAGAGAAACCAUACAUAUGUAAAGAAUGUGGGAAAGCCUUCACUCUCAGUACAUCCCUUUAUAAACAUCUAAGAACCCAUACUGUAGAGAAAUGCUAUAGGUGUAAAGAAUGUGGUAAAGCCUUCAGCCGAAGGUCAGGCCUUUUCAUACAUCAAAAAAUUCAUGCUCAAGACAAUCCUUGUAGAUAUAAUCCAGGUAGGAAACCUUCCAGUUGUAAUACUUCCCUUUCUGGAUGUCAAAGAAAUUCCAGAAAGAAGUCCUACUUAUGUAAUGAAUGUGGCAACACCUUUAAGUCUAGCUCAUCCCUUCGUUAUCAUCAGCGAAUUCACACUGGAGAGAAACCUUUUAAAUGUAGUGAAUGUGGGAGAGCCUUCAGUCAGAGUGCAUCUCUUAUUCAACAUGAAAGAAUUCACACUGGAGAAAAGCCCUACAGAUGUAAUGAAUGUGGAAAAGGCUUCACCUCUAUUUCACGGCUUAAUAGACACCGAAUAAUCCAUACUGGUGAAAAGUUUUAUAAUUGUAAUGAAUGUGGCAAAGCCUUAAGUUCCCACUCAACACUUAUUAUACAUGAGAGAAUUCAUACUGGAGAGAAACCAUGUAAAUGUAAAGUGUGUGGGAAAGCCUUCAGACAGAGUUCGGCUCUCAUUCAGCAUCAAAGAAUGCAUACUGGAGAAAGACCCUAUAAAUGUAAUGAGUGCGGGAAAACCUUCAGAUGUAAUUCAUCCCUUAGUAAUCAUCAGAGAAUUCAUACUGGAGAGAAACCAUAUCGAUGUGAGGAAUGUGGGAUAUCUUUUGGCCAAAGUUCUGCUCUUAUUCAACAUCGAAGGAUUCAUACUGGAGAGAAACCCUUUAAGUGUAACACAUGUGGGAAAACUUUUAGACAAAGCUCAUCACGUAUUGCACAUCAGAGAAUUCAUACUGGAGAGAAACCCUAUGAAUGUAGUACAUGUGGAAAACUUUUCAACCACAGGUCAUCCCUUACUAAUCAUUAUAGAAUUCAUAUUGAUGACGACUCCUAGAAAGUAGAUUUGCAUGUAUGAAAGCCUUAAACCAAAGUUCAUCAGAGAAUACAUACUUGAGAGUGAUGUAUAAAUGUAAUGGAUAUGAAAAACCCUGUAAUUAGUCCUCAUUAGAUAUUAAGUUCCAUGGAUAAACCUUGACUGUGUAAGAGAGGAAAAUGUCUGUGCCUGUCAGACUCUUAAAAAUAGCCGGAGAUGAAGAAUUUACAACUGGAGACAUUAACUUUGGUCAUUUAUAAAGUAGAAGGUAUUUGUUUUCCCUUUUUCUACAGCAGUAUAUGCUAAGUUUCAUAUGUGAUCAUUAGAAACAUCUAAGUAGGUGGGGAGGUGUGCCCUGGAUUUCUCAUUAGAGAAAACGUCAAAGUAUAUACACUGGUAAUAUUUUUAUGUAACAUUUUAAUAGCAUAUGAAAGAAUUGAUCAAAGAAAUUAUACAUUUUUAGAGAAAAGGACCAAAAUAAGGGAAAAAUUAAUUGUAAACUACCUCUCAGUCUCUGGGGUUUGUCCUUUUCCUGACCUGGUGUCAAACUUUGUGCAUGAAUUUCAUUAAAAAACAAAAAUAAAAA